AUGCAGACUACAGGAGAAGAGAACCACACAGUGGUGACAGAAUUCAUCCUGAUGGGAUUUGCAAGCAGAGCUGGGAUUCAGGUGCUGCCCUUUGUAGUAUUCCUUCUGAUUUACAUGGCAACUGUGUUCGGGAACACUAUCAUGGUUCUCAUCAUUCGAACUGACCCUCGCCUUCACACCCCCAUGUAUUUCUUCCUCAUAAACCUCUCUCUCUUAGACCUCUGCUACUCCUCAACCAUUGCCCCCAAAGCCAUGGCCACCUUCCUACAAGGCAGCAAAACUAUUUCUUACAAUGGAUGUGCUGCACAGUUCUUCUUUUUUCUUCUCUUUGUCACCACAGAAGCCUUCAUCCUGGCAGCAAUGGCAUAUGAUCGAUACAUAGCCAUCUGCAACCCACUUCUUUAUCCUGUCAUCAUGUCCAAAUGGGUUUGCAUCCAGCUCAUCAUGGGCUCCUAUAUCGGUGGUGUCACAACUUCUAUAGUGCAAACCAUUUUCACCUUUACACUGAGUUACUGCGGGCCUCAAGAGAUCAACCAUUUCUUCUGCGACGUUCCCCGCUUGAUAAACCUGUCCUGCACCAUGGAUAAGCACAUCAACGAACUGGUAAUGUUCAUUUUAGCUGGCCUCAUCAUAGUGAUCACUUCAGGAAUCACUCUCAUCUCCUACGCCUACAUCAUCUAUACUAUUCUCAGGAUUCGCUCUGCUAAGGGCAGGCUCAGGACCUUCUCCACCUGCUCCUCCCACAUGCUGGUUGUGGUUUUAUUUUUUGAGACCGUUUCCUUUAUGUAUGCCCAGCCAGGCUCACUAUCUUCCCCACAUCAGAGCAAGAUUGUGUCUCUGUUUUAUACCCUUGUCAUCCCCAUGUUGAAUCCCUACAUCUACAGCCUCAGGAACAAGGAUGUGAAAAAAGCUUUGAGGACAAUCAUAGGUAGGAAAAUUACUUCAGAAUAA